AGUUCUAAUAAUAAUACCUUGUUUUAUUUUUACCGUACGGAAAAAGAUUAAUUCAAUAAUUUCCUUCGACCUUGGGUUUUUAGGGUUUAAAGCAGACAGAGACUGUUUCUUCUUUGCUGCUUCAACAUGUGGGCACUACGCAGAGUUCCUAAUCCUCUCAAGGAUACAAGGAUCAGCAUUGGAGCUUCUUAUGCUGCUUCUGCUAGAUUACAAACUUGGAGUAACUACAUAGAAGAGAAGGCUAUUAUUUUCGAGUCAUCUCAAACAAUAUCUGAUAAACGUCUAUCUUUAUUGAGAUUUUACCAUUCAACACAUGCUUCCUCUAAUUUACCUGUUGGGAGGUGUGGCCUUUCUUCCCAAGCUGGUGCAGAAAGCAGUGGGAAGGAAAAUGACUUGGAAGAUGGUUUCUCUGAACUUGAAACAGCUGCUAAUGCUGAGACCAAAGAAAAUCGUAAUGCUCAGGAUGAAACCCAAGAUGGACUGGAUUCUGAUCGAGAACCAUCUGGUGAUGAGGAAGAUGUUGAAGGAACUGCUUCAAAUGAACUGGAAUUGUCAGAGGCUGAGACUGAUGUCAGUCAUAAAAAAUCAUCCACAAGGAGGACUGCAUCAGAACUAUUCCAAGCUAUUAUCUCUGCUCCAGGUCUUUCUAUUCAUAAGGUUCUUGAUAAGUGGCUUGAGGAAGGAAAAGAUCUUAGCAGAGCUGUGAUUGCAGUAACAAUGCUCAGUCUUCGCAAGCAUCGAAUGCAUGACAGGGCGUUGCAGCUCUCUGAGUGGCUGGAGACCAAGAAGCAGCUUGACUUUAUUGAGAGAGAUUAUGCUUCUCGCCUUGAUUUGAUUGCCAAAGCACGUGGUCUUCAAAAGGCAGAAUACUACAUUCAGACUGUCCCAAAAUCUUUCAGAGGAGAGGUAAUCUAUGGAACCAUGCUGGCUAACUGUGUUAUUGCUGACAAUUUGAAGAAAGCAGAGGAGGUCUUUAACAAAAUGAAGGACCUAGAAUUCCCAAUUACUUCAUUUGCUUGCAACCAGCUAUUGCUCCUCUAUAAAAGGCGUGACAAGAGAAAAAUAGCUGAUGUGCUGUUGUUAAUGGAGAAAGAAAAUGUCAAACCUUCACUCUUGACUUAUAAAAUCUUAAUUGACACAAAAGGUUUAUCUAAUGACAUAACCGGAAUGGAUCAAAUUGUUGAGACAAUGAAGGCUGAAGGUAUUAAACCAGACAUCCAUAUAAAAUCCAUCCUGGCAAAGCACUAUGCUUCAGGGGGCCUUAUGGAAAAAGCUCAGGAAGUUUUAAAGGGGAUGGAAGGGGACAACAUAAAAGAGAAUCGUUGGGCUUGCCGGUUUUUGCUUCCUCUAUAUGCAGAUCUUGGAAAGGCUGAUGAAGUAGAAAGAAUUUGGAAGGUGUGCGAAUCAAAUCCCCGCUUUGAAGAGUAUCUUGCUGCUAUUGAAGCUUGGGGAAAGUUAAGUAAAAUUGAAGAAGCAGAGGCAGUUUUUGAUAGGAUGUUAAAAACAUCAAAGAAGAUUCGUGCAAGGUAUUAUGCUGCACUCUUGAAGGUAUACUCAAACCAUAAGAUGCUGCAAAAAGGGAAGGAUCUUGUUAAGCAAAUGGCUGACAAUGGCUUCCAGAUUGGCCCAUUGACUUGGGAUGCUCUUGUGAAGCUUUAUGUGGAAGCAGGAGAAGUGGAAAAGGCUGACUUGAUCUUGCAGAAGGCAUGCCAGCAGAACCAAAUUAAACCCCUAUUUAGUUCUUUCACGGUUGUUAUGGAUCAGUAUUCUAAGAGGGGAGAUAUCCAUAAUUCUGAAAAAAUGCUCCAUAGAAUGAGACAGGCUGGAUAUGCAGCUCGAUUUCGACAGUUCCAAUCUCUGGUCCAAGCGUAUAUAAAUGCCAAAGCUCCAGCUUAUGGGAUCAGGGAGAGAAUGAGAGCAGAUAAUAUAUUCCCAAAUAAAGCUUUAGCUACACAAUUGGCUCAAGUAGAUGCAUUCAGGAGGACUGCUGUCUCUGAUUUGCUAGACUAAGGAUUUCAAUGGUUACUUCUAGCAUCCAUUUAAUGGCACCCUCUAUUUCUAUGCACAGUUAUUAUCUGUUUCAUGUGGGUCAAACAUAGGUUGUUGCUUCUAGACAUUCUGCGUUGUUUUCAAACUUCAAACGGUUCUCUCUGUUUCUCAUAUGAAAUUUUAAGAAAUAUGUUGUUUUCUUUUUUUACGUGUUCUCUUCCCUGAAGUUGAUAUAUGGUUGUAGCUGUUAGUUGUUAGUUCCUAAAACAUUGGUAAGCCUUUCCAGGAGUAAAGAGUUCACUUCAAGGGUAGCUGCAAUGUAUAUUUGAUUUGGAAGAUAUGAGAGAGUGACUGCCCAAUUUUUGUUUUGGAUA